AUCAUUCUCAAAGCCAAAACAACCGAAGCGACGUCUUGUGUUGUCAACUUUGCUCUCGACAAUCAAGCAAAAAAUUAAGGAAUAUCUUCGAAAUGAACUGUAGAUUGUACUGACUUUAAGCAUUGACAGUUCAUUUAUCACUGAGAUUGUAUUAAGUGUUCGAAGAAGACGGGGAAGUUGAAGAACAUGCGUAUGCAAUAGAAAAUAGUCUGGUAAGAUACGAAUCCUGACAUCUGUGGGCUUACAGGUUUUCGAUUGUUGUACAUGGGAAGUUGCUUUCAUCUGCAGCGCUAAGUAUCCAUUCAUCAUGUGUCCCAGGAGAGCCAACUUCGACAUGCACUUGACUGUCAACUGCAAUAUCAGUUUGGUUUACUUGCUCGUAGCUUUAGGAGCAUAUAUAGUGUAUAAAUACUAUUGGGAUUAUGUACCAGGUUUUGGUAAUUUUUAGUCUAUUACUUUUAUGUCAUAUGUAGCUAAAGUUAUGUAAUAAGGGUCAAAAUGUGUACAUACAACUUUUUAUAUGUAUAUGGCUGUAGAAAUUGUUCUUUUCAAAUGUUGGUAAUGUUGAUAUCUAAAGUAUGGCCUCUUUGAAGGAGUUAGAAUGAAUUGAAAUGAUGCACAAAAAUAAAAUACUGGGGACAGAUUCUCUCUUGCAAUCAGAAGCCAGAGUCAAAUUGGAAGAAGCAGAUGCCAGCAACAAUGACCCUAACAAUGUUGCAAGCUAUAGUAAAGAAGGAGUUGAAUGGCAUUACUCUCCCUUUUCUUCUACCCCAGAAAUUUCCUUUGGACAACCAGAAGCAAAUAGAAUUAACACUCAUUUAGGAUGUGUGAAGUCAGAAUCAGAAUAUGUCUGCAGCAUUUGUGGGCUAGAAACUGGCACUGCUUCUCGUCUGAGGAGGCACUCAAGAAUCCAUAUCAAAGAGAAAACACAUCAUGCUUGUAUGCCCAUUGAUGGGACAUUGCACAAAUAUGAAAACUGUUUUUCCAAAUUUACACAAAAGUCAUCUUUGAGGUAUCAUAAGAAACUUCAUAAUAGAAUAAAGGAAUUUAAAUUUGAGGAAUGUCCUACAGCCAACAUUAACCAUCCUCAGCUGGUAGACCACACUAUAAAACACACUGGGGAUAAGAUAUACCAUGGUCAGGAAUGUGGAGAAGGGUUUGCCACAGCGACAAGGCUUAGUUACCACCAGGUGACCCAUACUGCAGAAAGGUCUUCCCAGGGUCAAGUUUGUGGAGAAACAUUGCAAGAAAAGACGGCUCUCAUAACCCAAAAUUCUGUCCAUCUUACCCGUGGGCCUUAUAUGUGCAAUAUGUGUGGAGAGAUGUUUCCCAGGAUAAAUAGUCUUACACUUCAUCAAAGAGUUCAUCAAACAGAUAGCACUUAUAGCUAUGUUCCUCAAAAUGGCAAACCAGUCAAGGAAACUAUUCAGGAAAAUAGAAAGAAAUCACCUCUGCCAUUUUCCUUUACACCUGAUAUUGUAUUUAAGGAUACAGACACACAAAAUGAAAAUAAGCCUCCAGUAAGGGAAGGAAACUCAAUUCAGGCAGAGAAACAUGAUGGAAAUGAUUUGAAUAGAAGAAAUGUUAAUUUGCUAAACUUCCAGGAAGACCUCCCCAUUUCAAGUACAACAGAUACCAUGGCCAGCUUUAAAGUGCAAGGAGAGAAGUAUACAUUUGCUGGGAAUGUCUUGAAUAUUCCCCAUCCCGACAUUGUACAGGAGGCAUUAGCAACUGGGACGCUACUUGAGAGCCAGGGAGAAGAUGGACAAAUUUAUCUAAUUGUUCUUCCCAGAACUAUUGCAGAGCAAGACUACACACGUGUUACUUUGCCUGCAAAAAUAACUUCAGUAACAGCACCGGUUAUGACAUCAGAGAUAAAUUCAGUUUCACCACAGAAUCAAGGUACUGAGGAAAAUACUUGUAAUUUGCUAAUGUGGGAUAAUGAAUUAGAUAUUGCAGAAGUUUCUUUCAAACCAGAUUCUGAGGUAGUGAAGUCUGAACAGAGUAAGAACAAAGAAUAUGCAGAAGAGGAUUCAUCUUCAAAAGAAACUGGAUCACAUGCCUGUAGUAAGAAGUUUGGAUCUACCAGAGUCAAACAAAAGGAAAAAUCUAAAGAGAAAAAGGUAUAUACAUACGAAUGUAAAAGCUGUGGGAAAAAAUGCAAGAAUUCCUCAAGCUAUGUUAUACACAUGAGGACACACACGGGUGAAAGGCCAUAUUACUGCGGUUAUUGUGGUGUGGGCUUCAAACAGGUAACGCACUUAAAAAGUCACAUUCGCAUUCAUACAGGAGAGAAACCAUACAAAUGUAACCAGUGUGAUGCUGCCUUUCACCAGAGUUCUCAAUUGCAUGCUCAUUUUAAAGCUUGGCAUGUAAGAAAACAUGAGAGAAUGAAAGAGAAGGACAAAGUCAGAGGCAGUAUUAGGAAUUUUUAUUGCAAGAUAUGUGAUAAGACAUUUGUUAAUUCAUGUUUUAAAAAGCAACAUAUGAAAACACAUAUAGAUGAAUUGCAAUAUGUGUGUAACAAAUGUGAAGCUACAUUUAAAACAAAAAGUAGAUUGCAGAGACAUGAGAAGUUGCACAUACAUGAUAGUUUUAAGAUCUGUGAAAUAUGUGGACUUCAUUUCAAGGAUGUAAGUUCUCUGAAUCACCACAGAUUUACAAUACAUGAAUUACCCAAAGGGGAAUCAGAGGAAAUUAGAUUUCCUGAUGAAAAGAAACUGAGUGAAAGAAAUGGAACUGAAAUUUCAAAUGAUGGUGAUUCCAGUGGUUCCCUUGCAAAUGUUAAUCACACAAGUAUGGUAGGUAAAGAACAGUGGGGAUUAAAAACACAAACCUAUAUCAUCAAGAAAUCCUCAAAAAAUGUUCAGAUCCAUUCUUGCAAAAUAUGUCAGAAAACAUUUAAACAGAAGACAAAUCUAAAUACUCAUAUGAGAGUACAUACAGAUGAAAGGCCAUACAAGUGUGAAGAUUGUGGUAGUGCUUUUCACCAGAUAUCUCAUCUUAAAGAUCAUGCUAAGAUACAUUCAGGUGAGAAGCCCUUCAAGUGCAGUGUGUGUUUGGCUUUGUUUGUUCAGUCUUCAGCAGCAAAAACACACAUAAAAAAACAUCAUUGUGGUCAAGGUUUUGUCGUUAAGGAUGAAAGGAGUGAUUUCUUUGCCAAGGAGUCAAUUGUCUUGAAAGAGAUACCAAAGAGUGAUGAUGACAUCACAGUUGUGAUUAAGAUUGAAAGUGGUGCCUCACUUUCUGUAGAGGUUCAGAUUGAGAGAAAUGUGCUGGGAAUCAUUGAAGAAGAUGAAAAAGAUGCUGGAGUUCAGAAAAAAAAAAUAGAAGAAAAAUACCAGCAAAAUAAAAGAAACAAGUUUCUUUGCCUCAGUUAUUAAGAUAGGCAACAAGUUUUUGCAUCAUAUGUCAAAAGACCUUUAGAAGAACAUCUGCACUAAAAUUUCAUAUAAAUAUAUCUCAAGAUAUUUUGUAAGUAAACUAAAAUAUUAGACCAGACUGGAAUAUAGAAACUGUAUACUCAAAGAGAUGGCAAGUGUUGAGAGUUAAAAUGUCAGUUUUAUAGCUCAUAUGGCCCUGAAAGAUUUGAAAGAAUACCUGAAAAGUAGGAAUGCUAAAAGAAAAUGUCCUAGUUUCAGUCAAAAGAGUGACCCUAUCCCAGUUGGUGUAAGAGAACUCGCAGAUGUGUGUCAGAAGAUGAAAGAUGAUAACGAGAAAAGACAUAAAAUCAGAUGUCAAGAGCAUGUUUAAGUGUAAAACUUUAAAAACAUUAUUGUGUUUUAUUAUUUUUAUUUUUGUUUCCUUCUUUUCCAGGUAAUGAAAAUAAAUUAUCAGAUACAGAGUUAGUAUAAGAAAUAAGGAUUAAAAUGGAAGAAGAUACAGUAAUUUCAUUUAUACAAAUAUCUGAGAGGAAUAAACUUUCUUAUAAGGGUUAAGGAUAUAGUUACCACAUUGCUAAAGGAACUAUGAUUAAUGUUGUUAUAUGCAAUAUCUGAAAGUGCAAUUUAUUUAUUACAUAUUAUAUACAUAUCACUUAGUUGUCAGAAUCAAGUGUUAAAGUAAUAAUCUUUGGGUGUUUUACAACAAUCAAAAUAUAAGUACAGCAAUACAAAUAUGUAUUUUUUGUUAUUUAUUUGCUUGUGAAUCCUGCGUAUUUCAGGUAUAGAUACCAAAGCUCAGCUCAGCUCUAAUUAUCUUAGUUUUUAAUUGAGGAAAUAAUUAUAACUUUUUAAAUUUUAUAAUUUACUUGUUUUCUAUUGCUGUUAUUACAUUCAGACUCUAUAUCAAAGGUGUGAAAUAUGCACUGCAUUAAGAAAAAUAUACUGAUGUCCAGAGAAAGUCUAUAUAUAUUUAGCAUUUUCAUUUUGAAAGGCCGAAAAUAUUGAAUAUCAGUUAAUAUCAUUUCAUUAUAUUGAAUGUUUUUUUGGUUUAUCAAUGCUUGAGCUUUAUUUGGCUGCAUUGAGUGAUAUCUGUGAUAAUAGCUGCUACUGCAUGAAUAAAAUGUGUUUUUCAUUUGACUUAGAUAAAUCUUCUUACCAUAAUGCCCAUGUUGGACUGAAGUGUUUGUGCUUAGAAGAAUGCAUUAUCAUUUUACAAUUGGAUUUAGUUUCAGCAUUUAAGAUGAGUACUUCACUGAAGAGGCUUUGCUUGUUUUUUCAGUAAAUGCUAUUGGAUGUUUAGUCUUUACUUUUUUAUUAUUUUGUGUCAAAAACAAAACAGCCAAUAUGAUGAUAUUGUUUUUUUUUCUGUCUGAUAUUAUAAUGGAAAUAAUUGUGGUUGUGGUUAGGUUUAAAAAAAGUAUCUAUUGUUAUUUUCAUUGAUAUUUUGCUUCAAAGUAGUGGCAUAUACAUUUUGUUUUUAAAAAGAGUUAUAUUGAUAUCAAAGUUGUUAUUGUGAAACUUGCGAAAGACAUGCAGCUCAAGUUAGAUGAAUGAUGAUAGACACUUAUUUUGUAAGGUUAAAGUGAUUUUGUAAUAUGAAUAAUAAGUCAAAAUGUA